AGAUUAUUGUUAACUAUUAAUGAUUGUCUUGAUAGAGUAGUGGAUAUUUCGUACUUCUUUCCAUUGUUUUUGUUGGUAUUGAGAUGAAUACACACGACGUCGGGAAUAUAUUUGCGUAAAAUUUCACGCAUGGAACACGGACUUUUGUCAUCGGAAAGUGAUUGAAUAAAAUGAAAUUCCACUACCAAUGUGUUUAAAUAUUAAUAUCUGAAUACUACAACAAUGUCAACACUAAUCGAGGAUCCGCAAAUACCCCUUGUUGGUAUGAAUGGCCGAAACAAACUGUACUCUGAUGGCAGUGCUGAAAGCGACAGUGAAUCUAACGCGUUGCCGAGCAAUAGACCUUACAGGUUCGAGACCGUCGGGAAAAUGUUGGCGAAGAGGAAAGAAUUGUUUCACCGCCGGAAGAGACACUGUGAUGUUUCACUAUGUUUAGCUCUAGCAGGAAUUGGUCUGAUGAUAUUUGAAACAGAACUUACAACGGCAUUCCUGAUAAGGAGAGACUCUCUCCUAUCCUAUCUAAUGAAGACGUGCAUUACAGCAUUUACCGUCGCCCUUCUGAUAUUUCUUGGUAUUUAUCAUUAUCUUGAUGUCCAACUCUUUGCAGUUGACAAUGGAGUCGAUGAUUUAAGACUUGCAAUGUCUUUCAGAAGGGUACUGAAAAUAGCAGUCGAGUUCAUUAUAUGCAGUAUUCACCCUAUACCAGGUGACUUUAAAAUGGAAUGGUCAGCAACUGUAGCUGACGGACAGUACGCAAGAGAGAUAAUAAUUCCACUAGACGUGGUUCUAUCUCUGCCAAUGUUCUUACGUUUCUACCUCAUCUGCCGAGCCAUCAUGUUACACAGUAGUUUGUACCAAGACGCUUUAUCCCAAGGACUCGGAGCGCUAAACCGUAUUCACUUCAACUUUCGAUUUAUUUUUAAAUCGCUCAUGACUUUGUAUCCCGAAUACGUCCUCGCAAUUAUAAUGCUGUUCUCUUUCCUCACAUCCAGUUGGGCGUUACGUCUCUGCGAAAUGUACGGCGAGGGUGGGUUAAGGGAUGAUGUUCACGCGAGUUUCCUAAACUGCCUGUGGCUAAUCGCUGUGACAUUUUUGUCUGUUGGAUACGGAGAUAUUGUCCCGACAACGUAUUGUGGACGAGGCAUUGCCGUUAUAACCGGCAUGAUGGGAGCAGGCUGCACUGCUCUCGUUGUGGCCGUCUUGGCUAGAAGACUGGAACUUUCAAGAUCCGAAAAAUACGUUCACGAUUUCGUUAUUGAUGUUGAAUUAGACAAACGUUUAAAGCACAACGCUGCAGACGUUAUGAGGGCAGGGUGGUUUGUGUUUAAAUACAGAAAACUUAAAACGGACAAAUCAAGAAUUAUUCGACAUCAGCGGAAACUUCUCCUUGCUGUUGAGAAUAUUCGUGAUAUUCGCUCAGCUCAAAGACGACUGAUUGACAAUUCUGUGACAUUGGUGGAAAUAGGCAAAUACCAGAACGAGUCGAAUAGGGCAAUCCACCUAAUGCAGUACAGGCAGUCAAUGUUGGAAGAGAAUGUCGGCAACAUCCAGACAAACGUUGAGAAAAUAUUUAAUUCAGUUUCCCAAAUAAAGGAAAUAAUAGACCAAAGUAAUAAUUGAUAUUACAGCAAAUCACUU